AGAUGGGUAAUUAGCCCUUGCAUUCGGGAAAGGAAGAGAGACAACACUGAGAAGUUCAUCAGCAAGUAACUGGAAGCAAUUCAUUGAUGGAGGAUGAACGUGGAGCAACUCAUUAUCUCUCCAUUCUGAUAGAUGAAGAGCUGUCAUCUUCACCUAUGUGUUUCAAAGUACCUAAUCUACUACGCCAGACAAAUGAAAAGGCCUACGAACCUCAGAUAAUCUCAAUCGGGCCUUAUCAUCAUGGAAAAGAUCAUUUGAAAGGCAUGGAAGUGCACAAAAGGCAUUGUCUAAAAAGGCUCCUUCAAAGAAGAGGGGAGCCUGUUGUGCAUAGAUGUUUGAUGGCUUUGAAAGAUAAGAAAGAAGAGAUUCGGGGAUGCUAUGCAGGACCUCUGCAUAACAUUCGCGAAAAUGCACUUGUAGAAAUGAUGCUCCUUGAUGGCUGCUUCAUCAUUGAGCUAAUUCGUGAGAAUCAGACUCAGACGCAGAAAAUUGAUGUUGACUUUCGAAACUUCAACAGGUUUAGCUUAAAGCGUGAUUUAUUACUGGUGGAAAAUCAACUGCCUUUCUUUGUACUAAAGGAGCUGCUUCCAAUGACUGGGGAGCCUAAUCAAGAGAACGUUCAGGACUUCAUUCUUAUGGCUCUACGUUUCUUCUCUAGAGUGAUGCCAGGGUAUGGAAUUGGAAUUAAACCUUCUUUGGUAAUCGAUGACCAAAAUAUCAAGAAUCUACUCGGCUUAGUGCAUGGUAGCUGGGUUCCUUCGCUUGAAGCAAGACUAAAUUACAGCAAAAAUCGAGCAUCAUAUCGUGGAUGGAAUUUUAAACAUAGUGCAACAGAGCUCCAUGAAGCAGGAAUCAAGUUCAAGUUCAAGAAGAUGGAUAAUGUGAAGAGCAUGAUUGAUAUUAAGUGUGAGAACGAUGUAGCAAGAAUUAUUUUCAAGGAGAUGGAUAAUGAGAAGGGCUUCUUUGAUAUUAAGUUUGAGAACGGUGUACUGUGGAUACCAACCAUAAAAAUGUACGCUUAUACAGACUCCAUCCUUCGCAAUUUUAUUGCCCACGAACAAUGCCACAACAACUACCCAAGGUAUGUCACUGAUUAUGUCACAUUCAUGGAUUGCUUGAUUAACACCAGGAAGGAUGUUGAGUUACUCCGUCACUCUGGAAUUAUUGUUAAUAAUGGGUUAGGUGAUGAUGAGGUUGUUGCCACCACAUUCAACCGGCUAUGCGACUCAAUUGUGUUUUCCGGUAAGAACUUCUAUUCGGAGAUAUUUAUCAAUGUGGGGAAUUAUUGUGAUAGAAAGUGGAAUUUAUGGAUGGCAAACUUAAAGCACAAAUACUUCAACACUCCAUGGGCAUUGAUUUCGUUCCUUGCUGCUGUUUCCUUGCUCAUGCUUGCAGCUGUACAAACCAUAUAUUCGCAUCUUUCUUAUUACAAACGAUAAGUACUGCCGAGUUGUUUGCGUAGGGCUUGAAAUAAGUGAAGCUAAAAGCUCACAUGAAAAUGUAAUCAUUUGAGUAUUUGAGUGCUUGUAAUGUAGUUUGUAUGCAGAUUACUAAAAACCUUGCCAGGAU